UCGAUCAUCAAUUAAUAUAACAAUUACUCAAGAUUUAAAUAAUAAAUCAAUAUUAAUUAUUCGAGCUAUAAUUAAAGCAAAUCAAGAUGAAAAAUGUGUAUUUUCUCUUAAACAAUCGAACUAA